AUGUUUAACCCCGAGGCCGAAACAACAGAACUACACACGGAUGCAUGCGCAUAUGGCUUGGCCGGUAUGUUGUUUCAGAGGGAUACAUCUUUGGACAAAUUGCGUCUAGUUCACUGUGUAAGUAAGAGAUUAACAGAAGCAGAACAGCACUACCACUCCAGUAAACUAGAACUCAUGGCCAUGGUAUGGUCAGUGAAGCGCCUCAGGUCCUAUUUGUUAGGAAUUCAGUUUACUAUCUACACUGACUGCCAAGCGUUGACUUAUUUAAAUUCGUGCCGGAUAAGCAAUCCACAGAUAGCGCGUUGGUAUGACCUACUACAGGAGUACGUGUUCGAGGUCAGAUACCGUGCGGGAACUAAGAUGCAGCAUGUCGACGCGUUAUCCAGAGCUCCACAAACUGACCACGAAACAGAAGGUGCGGUGGAGGAGAUACUGUGCAGUGACCUGGACGUAUGCAACGUGCUGACGGUUGAAGACAAGGUUAUGAUGGUACAACGGUCGGACAGCGAAGUCAGUGAAAUUGUGAACAUGAUGAAAAAACCAAAGGAAGAAAGAACCAAACACGAAAACGGUAGGACAAGACACUAUGAAAUUAGAAAUGGACUACUGUACAGACGCUGUAAGGACAAACUGUUGUUCCGGAUGCCACGGAGCAUGAGGAAAAGCAUACUAGUAAGCGCGCACGACCUGAACGGACACCAGUCUGUGGAUAAAACGGUAAGCCAUAUAUUGCAAGACUAUUGGUUCCCAGCGUUGCGACGGUAUGUAAGACAGCAUAUCCACAUGUGCUUGGAGUGCCUAAUGAUGAAGACACCACGGGGAAGGCGUCCUGGAUUGUUACACCCAAUGCCAGUUGGAAGAAGACCCUUUGAGAUUGUACAUGCCGACCACAUAGGUCCUUUUGUAACCUGUCACCAGGGAAACAAGUAUGUGUUGGUCUUAGUAGACAAUUUCACUAAAUUUGUAUGUCUAUUUGCAGCUGAGGAUACAAGCGCGUUGUGCACGUUGGCAAAGGUGCAACAAUUUGUGUCACAGUAUGGGCUGCCUAGAAGGUUAAUUACAGAUAGAGGUACCUGCUUCACUUCUAGAGUUUUCACAGAGUACUGCGAAGACAAUGGUAUGCUGCAUGGGCUAACUUCAACUAGGCGACCGCAGGCCAAUGGGCAGUGUGAAAGAGUUAACAGUGUGGUAACAUCAAUGCUACGAACUCAAGUUAAAGAAACUGAAGAGUGGAGUGACCUAUUGCCCAUGGUGCAAAGGCAGAUAAACAAUUCCGAAAGUAAAACUACCAGGAGAACUCCGUUUGAGUUGUUACAUGGUUAUCGACCGCGUUAUGACUUGGGUAAGCUAAGGGAACUGUCUACCACUACGGAAGACUGGACUUGUCCGGAAACGUUAAGGGAAGAGAUACGUGACGCCAUGGAGAAGGAAAAGGAACAAACCAAGGCCAGGUUCGACAAACACAGACAUGACCACAUCAAGUAUACUGUGGGAGAGGUGGUAGUUCUGAGCAGAACACCAGUUCACACCGGUGAGUCUACAAAACUGCAAGAAAAGUACAAAGGACCACUAGUGGUGACUGAGGUGUUGCCAGGGGACGCAUAUCGAGUAGCCCAGCUGGAAGAAGGGGCCAGAAGGCAUUUUACAACCACAGCGCACGUGAGCCAACUGAAGUCGUGGAAGAUAGCACCAGAGGAAGAGGACAGAUCAGAGGAGGACAACGAAGCAGACAAGGAGGUCAAGGGAAGGGCCCGAAGGGAGGUCAAGGUGCCAAGACGGUUCCAAGACUAUCAAAUGUAUUAA